UGGGAUUCGGGGAGUCGGAGGGAGUAUCCUCAGCCGAGAUGUCGGGGCCCUCGAUGACCAUCACUGUCACCUACAACAAUGAAAAACAUAGCAUUCAGGUUGUAGCACAGCAAGAAAACAGUGAACCAACACUUCAGGACCUGGCUCUUCUUAUUGAACAAGUUACUGGAGUUCCACUUGCUUUUCAGAAAUUAAUAUAUAAAGGAAAGUCUCUAAAGGAAAUGGAACAACCAUUGUCAGCACUUGGAGUCAAAAAUGGUUGCAGAGUGAUGUUGAUUGGAAAGAAGAACAGUCCAGAGGAAGAAGCUGAACUAAAGAAAUUAAGAGAUUUGGAGAAGUCAGUAGAGAAGAUUGCUGACCAACUAGUAGGUGUCAAUGAAGAACUUGGUGGUAUUCAGAAGGGUUUUCUAGCCAAGGACUUGCGAGCUGAAGCUCUCAGCAAACUUGACAAGAAAAUAAAAGGAACUGUUGAGCAGUUUAUGAAGAUCUUGGAACAGAUUGAUUCAUUAACUCUUCCAGAGAAUUUCAGAGACUGUAGACUGAAAAGGAAGGGAUUGGUGAAAAAGGUUCAGGCCUUCCUAGCUCAGUGUGACACAGUUGAAAGAAGGAUUGAACAAGAAACAGAUAAGCUGCAAUCAAAAAAUUUGGCUCUGGCUGAAUGAGAAUUCUGUGUAAAUUAGAGGGUGAGGGUGUGAUUGCUCUGAACAAGAAGAAAAGUUUACUCUAUUUUGUAACACAUGCCUAUCUUUAUUUUUAGAUCAUGCCUGGUUUUACUGUUUGCCCUUUGGGAGCUGUUUUCUAAAUAGCAAAUUUACUCCUCAAACCCAUCCUCCGUAGGGCCUUGAAUUGUUUUUGUAUGUCCUGAUCCCAUAGACAAAUUAUUUUACUCUACAUAGUUAUACUUUUUCAUGUCUCCAGGGGGCAACAGCAUUGCAGGACCAGGAGGAGAAAGCUUUUCUUCCCCAACAAUCUAAGGUUAGGGGUGGCAAUUUGUGUCUUUUGUGAGAUCCCUGGAAGUUGACUUUGCCACCUACUAGCCUCAUACUUCACGGGGAGGGACUAACCAGGUGAUAAUGAAAAUCUAACGAGGUCCUACACAGAUGACUGCAAAAAGAUCAUUAAUCAAAGUCCUGUGAAUGGGGCAAAGAAGUCUCACCUGUGAGACUUGAUGUUGUGUGAGGCAUACAGCAAGCUGACUCCCUUUUAACGUUUUUUCAAUGGGCUGUGUUGGCAUCCUAUAGAACCUCUUUGUCAUUCCACACAGCCCUGACGCAGUGGACAAAUGGGUUGUAGGAGCCAAUAGCAGCCCAGAAGCCUGGUUCCAAAAGGGAAUUUGGGAAAAAGUAGAGAAAUGUAGUGUCAUGACCUUUGCAGCCAAAAAGGGACUAAGAAACAGAAAACUUUCAGAAGCAGGCAAUGUGUACUUUCUUCAAGGACAUCUAUUUUAUUUCAACCUAUAUUUUGUGAUAAAUGUUUUUCUUCU